AUGGAUCUCCCCCACAAUAGCCUCCAGUAUAAAUUCCCAAUCAAGUCCAAUGCUCCAGCUGCAAACACUAGUGCUGGUGGAGAUGAUGUGGAUGAUCUUGAUGAUCUUCUCGACGACUUUGCAGACGAUAUCCUUGACAAGCCACCAGGUUCGACUAUCGAUAACAACACAACUGCGGAUGAGCCACUCAAUGAUGAAUUCAAGGCCAACAUUGGUGAUCUUAUCAAGGAUUUGAAUAUUGAAGAUCCAGAAACCAAAGACCAGGUGGAGAAUUUGAUCAAGCAAUUCGAAUUGAACCAUCGUGAAGAGGCCGAGACUGAAGCCAAGAAACCUUACAACUUUGAGUACGUGAUGAAGGAAACCAUGGAAAGAUUGAAGAAAUCUGGCGAAGAUAUCGAUGAAAAGAUCAAGAAUGACCCAGCAGGAGGUAACCCUGAAGAUAUGCUCACUCAGUUGUUGGCAGGUUUGGGCGGUCCUAACGGUGGUCUUGGUGAUGGUGAUAUGGAUAUGUCCAAAUUGUUGGUCGAUAUGCUCGAACAAUUAUCCUCGAAGGAUGUGUUGUACGAGCCUAUAAAGGACCUCAACACCAAAUUCCCAGACUACUUGAAAGAAAAACAAGGUACCAUCACUGAACAUCAGUACAAGAACUACAAUGCCCAAUUUGAAAUAACUAACGAUAUCCUUGCUAUUUUUGAUGCCCCAGAUUAUAGUGAUGACAACAAAGCCCAAAGGGACAGAGUCAAUUCCUUGUUGGAAUCUUUGCAAGAACUUGGACAGCCACCCACCGAGCUUAUUGGUGACAAUGGUGACUUCCCUGGAUUUGGUGGUUUAGGAGGCCUUGGUGGAGAUGGUAAAGAUGGAGGCUUAGACUUCAACGAUAAGGAUCUUCCAAAGGAUCUUGAAAAGGAAUUGGAAGAAGGAUGUAAACAACAAUAG